AUGGAUUCAUCGUUUAAAACUGAAGAUGUGAAAAUAUGGUGGAAAUCUGAACAUUGCUCUCUUGAAAAUGAUCUAAAACCCGUUAUUAAUGAUGAGGAUGCAACAAUGUUAGCUAUGUGUGAUGAGGAGACUAAGUGUGAUGUUGAGAUAUAUACAGAGGCAAUAUCAUCUAGUGGUGAGAAGACUUAUAUGGAGAGGUUAAAAGAGAAAGAAAAAGGCCACGUUAAUGUUGAGGAAAAUGAAGAUGGUGAGGGCAGUGAAACAUCCGAGGAAUCUUUGAAUGGUAUACACUUUGAAGAUAGUGAAGAAGAGAUGAUGCACGAUUUUGAUAAAGACAUGGUUGAAGGUGAUGGUAGAGGUGGAUUGGAUAAUGGUGAUAGUACAAGUCAAAUGGAUAAUGGUCAAGGGAUACCUAAAGGGUUGACUACAACUUAG